ACAAUGUUAUUAGCUCAGAUAAAUCGAGACUCUCAGGGAAUGACUGAAUUUUCUGGAGGAGGAAUGGAGGCCCAGCAUGUGACACUCUGUCUAACAGAAGCUGUAGCUGUGCAAGGUGAACUUUCAGACGGUGAUAACUUGGAAAACAUGGAAGGUGUGAGUUUGCAAGCAGUUACCCUGGCUGAUGGCUCCACUGCUUACAUACAGCACAAUUCUAAAGAUGGUAAAUUAAUGGACGGCCAAGUGAUUCAAUUAGAAGAUGGUUCUGCUGCUUAUGUUCAACAUGUACCCAUGCCUAAAAGCAGGGACAGCUUGCGUCUGGAAGAUGGACAAGCAGUUCAGCUGGAAGAUGGAACUACGGCAUUUAUUCAUCACACCUCGAAAGACAGUUACGACCAGAGUGCAUUACAAGCAGUACAGCUGGAGGAUGGAACUACUGCCUACAUUCACCACACAGUGCAAAUGCCACAGUCAGAUACCAUUUUAGCCAUUCAAGCUGACGGCACAGUGGCAGGUCUUCAUACAGGAGAUGCUGCCAUUGACCCAGAUACCAUCAGUGCUUUGGAGCAAUACGCAGCCAAGGUGUCUAUUGAUGGAAAUGACAGUGUUAGUGGCACAGGAAUGAUAGGUGAAAAUGAACAAGAUAAAAAAAUGCAGAUUGUCUUGCAAGGACAUGGAACAAGAGUGACUGCAAAAUCUCAGCAGAGUGGAGAGAAAGCUUUUCGCUGUGAUUAUGAUGGCUGUGGAAAACUGUACACAACAGCUCACCAUCUUAAGGUGCAUGAAAGGUCACACACAGGAGACAGACCGUAUCAGUGUGAACAUCCUGGAUGUGGCAAAGCCUUUGCAACAGGGUAUGGAUUAAAAAGUCAUGUCCGAACACACACUGGUGAAAAGCCUUAUCGGUGCACAGAAGAAAAUUGCACCAAGUCAUUCAAGACUUCAGGAGACCUGCAGAAACAUAUCCGAACCCACACAGGUGAAAGGCCCUUUAAGUGUCCAUUUGAAGGAUGUGGCAGGUCAUUCACAACAUCUAAUAUUAGAAAGGUUCACAUCAGGACACAUACAGGCGAAAGGCCUUAUUACUGUACAGAGCCAGGAUGUGGGAGAGCUUUUGCCAGUGCAACUAAUUAUAAGAAUCAUGUGAGAAUACACACAGGGGAGAAGCCCUAUGUCUGUACAGUUCCUGGUUGUGAUAAACGUUUUACAGAGUAUUCCAGUUUAUACAAACAUCAUGUUGUACAUACUCAUUCGAAACCAUAUAACUGUAAUCACUGUGGGAAAACAUACAAGCAGAUUUCUACACUUGCUAUGCACAAGCGGACAGCACACAAUGACACAGAGCCCAUUGAAGAAGAACAAGAGGCUUUUUUUGAGCCACCUCCAGGUCAAGGUGAAGAUGUUCUCAAAGGCUCCCAGAUAACCUAUGUGACAGGUGUAGAGGGAGAAGAUGUAAUUUCUGCACAGGUUGCUACAGUUACUCAAUCAGGAUUAGGUCAACAAGUAGCACUAAUAUCCCAGGACGGAACCCAACAUGUCAACAUAUCCCAGGCAGAUAUGCAGGCCAUUGGCAAUACUAUCACUAUGGUAACACAAGAUGGCACCACCAUCACAGUCCCUGCCCACGAUGCCGUCAUCUCUUCUGCAGGAACACAUUCCGUAGCGAUGGUUACUGCAGAAGGCACCGAAGGACAGCAGGUUGCUAUUGUGGCUCAAGACUUAGCAGCAUUUCAUAGUGCCUCAUCAGAAAUGGGACAUCAGCAACAUGGGCACCAUUUAGUGGCUACAGAAACUAGACCCGUUACAUUGUUGGCUACAUCCAAUGGAACACAAAUUGCAGUACAGCUUGGAGAACAACAGUCUCUGGAAGAAGCCAUUAGAAUAGCCUCCAGAAUACAACAGGGUGAAACACCAGGGAUUGAUGAUUAACUUCUAAAACUGCUACCAGAACAAUAGAGUGAAAGGUAUUUUGUUUUCAAUCAACAGAGGUCUAUGCCAGCAGCAACACAUAAAAACUUUGAAGUUCCCUGCUCCUUGAUACUGUGUACACAUUUUAUGCAAGAGCAAAGAACAUUUUGUAAGUUUUGUGUACAUAACCCUUGGAAUGGACUGACAUCAUCUACUUCCAACUGUUGUAUAUUCAGGAAUACAGAAUUAGGAUUAUCCAGUAAAUUUCUUUGUUAUCCUUUCAUCAGAUUUCAGACUGGUCUACAAGCAAUUGAAAAAUUAAAUAGAAGUAUUGGAAUUAAUUUUUAAUGUCAUGUACAAAUAAUGAAGGCAUUACUGAAGAUUUCAGAUGUUUAAAAUACUAUUAAAAAUCAUCAUUUCAGGAACCCUUAGAAGUAAUAAAGAUGACAAAGCCUAUUAAAUUGCAUUCCAUAAAUGGAGAAGUCUUGGAUUUUGAGCCUACUGUAAAUCUUUGUAUUUUGAUUUGUUUCAAACAGAUUUGACUACUCUUUAGAUUAUCCCAUCUCAUUCAUUGUAAAUACAGACUGUUAAUGCUGGAAGUGUUAAUUAUAUUAUCUUUAAAUUGGAUUAUGUACAAAGGAGAAACUUUGGUUGUUCAAUAUUAAAGGAAGUAAAUCUAA